AUCCGUCCUGUGCUUUGUUAAUUGAAUAUCUCUUACCCAUACGCAGCUACCCAUACGCAGCUAAAGACGCAACCAGAGACAUAUUGCUAUUUGAUCAUGGGUUCCAUUGGAGGCCAACAGCCAGAUUAUGAAGUCCUCGUUAUCGGGGCAGGCUUAUCUGGAUGUUAUGCGUGCUAUAGAAUGCGCAAGCUGGGUGUGAAAGUCAAAGUUUUGGAAGCAGGUUCAUCAGUCGGAGGCACCUGGUACUGGAAUAGAUACCCAGGUGCUCGAUUUGACUGCGAGUCCUACUCAUAUGGAUUUUUCUUUUCUCAAGAGCUUCUUGACGAAUGGAAAUGGUCAGAGCACUUCGCGCCGCAAGAGGAAACCGAAAAGUAUAUAAGAUUCAUUUGUGACAAGUAUCAAUUAUGGAAAGAUAUGCAGUUCAACACCUCCGUCAUAAAGGCGAACUGGGAGUCAGAGGCUCGUUGUUGGAAGUUGAUAGACCAAGAUGGACACGAAUACACCUCGCGGUUUCUCAUCACAGGUAUCGGUCUUUUGAGCAAUCCGACAUUGCCAAAUAUUCCAGGAGUGCGAGAUUUCAAAGGCCAAGCGUUUCACACUUCACGCUGGCCCAAGGACGUUGCCAAUUUCGAGGGCAAGAAUGUUGGAAUAAUAGGUGUUGGAGCAACUGCUAUUCAGAUUAUUCCGGAGAUUGCGAAGACAGUUAAAAAUCUGACGGUAUUUCAGCGGACACCAAACUGGGCAAUCCCACUUCAUAACGCGAAAAUAGGCGAGGAGGAGUGGGAGACGAUUCGAAAAGGUUAUCCCGAACUACUCAAGAAAAUAGACGGCACACGGCUUAGCUUCAUGCAUGAAGGAAUCAACGAUUCGAUAUGGGAUGCUACUCCAGAAGAAAGAGAGGCUUUCUGGGAAUACAUGUACGCCCAGCCAGGCUUCGGUUUCUGGGUCUCAAACUACAAAGAGACACUUGUUGAUCGGAAAGCAAACGCUCUGGUUAGCGAGUUUGUUGCGAAGAAGAUUAGACAACGUGUGAAAGAUCCAGCAACGGCGGAGAAACUCAUUCCGAAAACUUAUGGAUUCGGACUUCGACGUGUGCCAAUGGAGACGUUCUAUUAUGAAGCAUACAAUCAACCGAAUGUCCACCUUGUAGACCUUCUUGAGACACCCAUUGAGUGCAUCACAGAAGAUGGCCUCAAGACUUCCCGGGAGGAUUUCAAGCUGGACAUGAUUAUCUAUGCGACAGGAUUUUCUGCUAUCACUGGUGCUUUUGAUGCCAUUGAUUUUCGUGGAAUUGACAACCAUGCUUUACUAGAUGAAUGGAAAGAAGGCCCCAGAACUUACUUGGGACUCACGGUGCAACACUUUCCAAACAUGUUCAUGUCCAUUGGACCACAUCAAGCAUAUGGAAAUAUUCCACGAAGCAUCGAGUAUGCCGUGGGGUGGAUCUCUGAUUGCAUCGAGUACUUGAGAAAUCACGAUAUUACCUACAUUGAAGCCAAAGAGCAAGGAAUUGUCGAAUGGACUAAUCAUGUCCACGAUCUUGGGCAGGGAUUGCUCAGCAACGAAGUUGAUUCUUGGUUGACGGGCGUCAACAAAAAUCUGGCUGGAAAGCAGAAGAGGAUCAUAGCUCGUUACAGCGGAUCGGCGGUAGACUUUCGGAAAUCAUGCAAUGCGGUAGCCAGCACCCAUUACGACACUUUCAAGCUGUUGUAGAUACAGGCGGCAUUAUACCGAGAUACUCAGAGAGUGGACUCCAGGAAGUCAAGAAGGGGAUGGAUCGAAGCAUAUCAUUGUCGUGAAAACAAGCUAGAACUUGCAAGAGUGCUUGUAGUUGAUAUAUGUGUAAGACAUUGAAGU